AACAGUUCCCAAAUUUCAUCGCCAUAGAAAAAUUUACAGACAAAAGGAUAUAGCCGUUGGGAAAACCCACGUGGAGUUAUAUGUCAAUCCACUUGUCUGCUUCAUUCGUUGUCUCUUUGGAUUCUCUUUUGCUCUCUUCUUCCCAUAUUAUUCCUUUGUCUCCUUCCUCUCCUUUACUUUACUCCAAGCAAAGUAUUACCCCAAUACACUACCCGUGACUUUCAUCAAUCUCUCUCUCUCUCUCUCUAACUUAAUACUAAUCCUUUUCUUCUUCUCCAAUGGCUCUUCUCUGAAACAUUGUUUCCAACAGAUAAUGUCGUUUCCUCUAUAUCUCUUCUUCAUCUCGAUCUUGCUCUGCUUCUUCGGCCACUUCAAUGAAGCUACGACGCAGUUCGAUUUCUCCACGCUCGCCAUCAGCAACUUGAAGCUUCUUGGUGACGCUCGUCUCAGCAAUGGAAUCGUUAGCCUCACGCGUGACCUCUCCGUUCCUAAUUCCGGUGCCGGAAAAGUCUUAUACUCUAAUCCCAUCAGAUUCCGACAACCCGGAACUCACUCUCCGGCGAGCUUCUCCACCUUCUUCUCCUUCUCAAUCACCAAUGUUAACCCCUCUUCAAUCGGCGGUGGUCUCGCCUUCGUUAUCUCGCCGGACGGAAACUCAAUCGGCGCCGCCGGAGGCUCGCUGGGUCUCCUCGCCCCCGCCGGGUCAAAAUUCGUCGCCGUCGAGUUCGAUACUUUGAUGGAUGUCGACUUCAAGGACAUUAACAGCAACCACGUCGGAUUCGACGUGAAUGGCGUCGUUUCCUCUGUUUCCGGCGAUCUCGGCACCGUAGAUAUCGAUCUCAAGAGCGGAAACACCGUCAAUUCGUGGAUCGAAUACGACGGAUCGAGUCGUGUUUUCAACGUAUCAGUCUCUUACUCGAAUCUGAAACCCAAAUCUCCAUUUCUGUCUUUCCCUCUCGAUCUAGAUCGCUACGUGAACGAUUUCAUGUUCGUCGGAUUCUCCGGGUCCACUCAGGGAAGCACAGAGAUCCACAGCAUCGAGUGGUGGAGCUUCAGUUCCUCAUUCGGGUCGGGUCCUGGAUCCGGAUCCGGAUCCUCUCCUCCCACUACCAGUUUGGUGAAUCCGAAAGCUAAUUCGGCGAACUCUCCGCCGCCGCUUGCGUCGCAACCGUCUUCCUCCGCGAGUCCGAUCAGUUCCCAAUCGAAAGCUUUACCUUCUUCUUCGUCGUCGUCUUCUUGCCACAACCACCUCUGCAAAGAGAAUCGCGGAGCAAUCGCCGGAGUUGUAACCGCCGGAGCUUUCUUCUUAGCACUUUUCGCCGGCGGUUUGUUCUGGGUUUACUCUAGAAAGUUCAAACGCGUCGAGAGAUCCGAUUCUUUCGCAUCGGAGAUCAUCAAAGCCCCUAAAGAAUUCAGCUACAAAGAACUCAAAGCUGGCACGAAGAACUUUAACGAGAAUCGAAUCAUCGGACACGGAGCCUUCGGGAUUGUGUACAGAGGCGUAUUACCGGAAACAGGAGACAUCGUCGCCGUCAAACGAUGUGUCCACAGCUCACAAGACAAGAAGAACGAGUUCAUGUCGGAAUUAUCCAUAAUCGGAAGCUUAAGGCACAGAAACCUCGUCAGAUUGCAAGGUUGGUGCCACGAGAGAGGCGAGAUUCUGUUGGUCUAUGAUCUAAUGCCAAAUGGUUCGCUAGAUAAAGCUUUGUUCGAGUCACGGUUUCCGUUGCCGUGGGAUCACCGGAAAAAGAUCUUGCUCGGAGUUGCAUCUGCUCUUGCUUAUCUACAUAGAGAGUGCGAGAAUCAAGUGAUACACAGAGACGUCAAAAGCAGCAACAUAAUGCUAGACGAGAAUUUCAACGCCAAGCUCGGAGAUUUCGGAUUGGCCAGACAAAUCGAACACGAUAAAUCGCCGGAAGCGACUGUAGCCGCCGGAACAAUGGGGUAUUUAGCGCCGGAGUAUCUUCUGACGGGACGUGCGACGGAGAAGACGGAUGUUUUCAGCUACGGAGCGGUGGUUCUUGAAGUGGUUACUGGAAGAAGACCGAUCGAGAAGGACUUAAAUGUGCAGAGACAAAAUGGUGGGGCAAAUCCGAAUUUAGUAGAAUGGGUGUGGGGUUUGUAUAAAGAAGGGAAAGUUUCGGCUGCGGCUGAUUUAAGGCUUGAAGGGAAGUUUGAUGAAGGAGAGAUGUGGCGGGUGAUGGUAGUGGGCCUGGCUUGUUCUCACCCGGACCCAGUGGCUCGGCCCACUAUGAGGUCAGUGGUGCAAAUGCUGAUUGGUGAAGCUGAUGUACCGGUGGUGCCUAAAUCUAGACCGACCAUGAGUUUCAGCACUUCGCAUUUGUUGCUGAGUUUGCAAGAUACUCUCUCUGAUUGCAAUACCGCAGCGUUAAAUUCUAGCCGAUCGUCUUCUUGGUCGGUGCCAGAACAUAACGUUGUGAUUCGAGGAGAGGAUGACCAUUUGGUAUAAGAUUGAAAGAUAGAAUCAAACAAAUGGAUGCAUUGUGUUGUGGUUAGAUGAUUUGAUUAGAAUUUGAUUUAUGUUGUAAUAUUUCAUUCAUUUUUUUUUUCAUGUAUGUAAGAGAAGAACACGAAAUUGGUUUUCUAAGAAGCCA